AUGUCAAAAGCGACUAUAGAUGCCGCGAUUGCAAGGGGCCAGGGAAUUUCUAGCUCCGGAGCACCCUUAGAACAGUUGACCAUUGAGGCCAUGCUUCCCGGUUCCGUGGCUGUGGUGAUCGUAUGCCUGACUGACCAGAAGGCCAGAACAAUGCAGGAUGUUCGCACUAUUCUUAAGAAAUCAGGCGGUACCAUCUCUCCCGUUACUUUUCUAUUCGAAAAGAAAGGGAAGGUUGUGUUUGAGAAGGAUCCUCAAGGAAAGAGCGCGGACGAUUAUCUCGAAGACGCCAUUGACGCCGGUGCAGCAGACAUCAGUGCUGACUCUGAGGGGAGAUUGAUUUUGUACACGGAGCCGACAAUGACUAAAUCAGUGGGUGAAGCGAUGUCCGCUACCGCAGGACUGAAAAUUGAAAGCUCGGAUAUUAUCUGGGACCCGAACAAAGACACAAUGGCUACACUUCAAACAGAAGAGGCGAUGAACGAAGUGGACGUGUUUCUCGAGAGGAUUCAUGACGAACCAACCGUCCAAGAAAUAUAUAUGAAUUUGGCUAGGACGUGA